AUGUUUGGUACGUUCCGGUACAACAACUCUCUGAAAGAAGCGGAGUAUGUGGAGCUAUCCCGAGAGAGCGGUGUUGAUGCCCGGGGAUAUACUCUCUUAGCAUGCACACUCUGCCGUGCCCGCAAGCUCAAGUGCAGUGGCGAACGUGGCGGGUGUAGCCGCUGCCUGGCCUCGUCUGCUGAAUGCGUCUAUGGCCCGGAGGGUGAUGGCUACGGAAACGGUAGGAGGACCGGCCGAAGCAAAGGGGCCACCAGGCGGCGGCACCGGCAGACUGUGCCGCCAAAAUCCUCUACCACCGACGACGACAGGCCCUCGACCACAUCCCAGCAUGGCAGAACGACUGUGGGUGUAAAUGGCCCUUCACGACGGAGUCGGGAUGCUGAGGACGGGGAUGGGAGACGGCCAGAUAUCAACGGUUCGUCCUCAGCUCCCCCAGACUCGACCAAGACCGCUUCCGCACAUAUUGGUCACCCUUCAGACGGACCUCCCAGCACCGACUGGUCUGGUGACUUAUUUGGGUUCGACGACUUCACGGAUCUCAACGGGGCGGAAUCACCGAGCUUUGGCCUCAGCAGUAUGAACUCACCCGUCGACGGGACCCUGAGCAACUCCGGCUUCAGCACGACCCCAGGACCCGUACCCAGUCUCUCCCAGCCGCCCAAUACGUCCGCCCGCGCCCCUUCCACAACAUCAGCCUCUCUAUCAGUGCCCGAGGACCCCUCCCCCUUGACUGCCCAGGACCAGGAGAUUUGUUUCCCCCGGCUCGGGCUCACCCGCCCGGGCGGCGGCUGCCAGUGCCUCACCACCCUCGCCGGCAUCCUCGAGCGCCUCGGCCGCUACCGCCUGGGCGACAAGCCCAAGACCGACAAGAACCUCGACUGCCUGCUCUUCUGCCUCGGCACCGGCGUCGACGCGUGCAAGAAGGUCCUGUCGUGCAAGGUCUGCAACGCCUGCCAGGAGCACUCGAUACUGCUGGCGACCAUCGCCGAGCGGCUCCCCCACAUCUGCAACGACCUGUGCGGCUGCCUGCUGGUGCACCAGCACAAGGUCAGGGCGGCCGCGAAUACCGGCGCGCCCCAGCUCCCCGGAGAUCCGAGCGGUGGGAACCCGCAGCGCGAGAGCGAGGGCGAGCUCACGCUGGUGGAUGGCGAGAUCUCGUUUGGGCGCUACAAGAUCCAAGGAGCCGAAAUGCACCUGCGGCUCAUACAAAACCUCAUGGCACUUUACAUGACAGAUCUUCUGGCUGUCCUCGACCAGCUGUAUCAGCGCAUAGGUCAGGUUGAUGGCACAGUUGGCAUGUUGGACGAGGCGCGGGAGAUGGCGACCACGGCUGAAUGGAUGCUGCAGCAGCUGCGCUCUGGGUCUUGA